AUGUUUCUUCCCAGCAAGCCAGGAGGUCCCAGCAAGCCAGGAGGUCCCAGCAAGCCAGGAGGUCCCAGCAAGCCGGGAGGUCCCAGCAAGCCAGGAGGUCCCAGCAAGCCAGGAGGUCCCAGCAAGCCAGGAGGUCCCAGCAAGCCAGGAGUUCCCAGCAAGCCAGGAGUUCCCAGCAAGCCAGGAGUUCCCAGCAAGCCGGGAGGUCCCAGCAAGCCGGGAGGUCCCAGCAAGCCAGGAGGUCCCAGCAAGCCAGGAGGUCCCAGCAAGCCAGGAGGUCCCAGCAAGCCAGGAGGUCCCAGCAAGCCGGGAGGUCCCAGCAAGCCAGGAGGUCCCAGCAAGCCAGGAGGUCCCAGCAAGCCAGGAGGUCCCAGCAGCCAGCAGUCACGGGGUCCCAGAAAGCCAGCAGCUAGGAGGUCCCAGCAAGCCAGGAGGUCCCAGCAGCCAGGGGAGUCCCAGCAGCCAGGAGGUCCCAGCAAGCCAGGAGGUCCCAGCAAGCCAGCAGACAGGGGGCCCCAGCAGCCAGGAGGUCCCAGCAAGCCAGGUCCCAGCAAGCCAGCAGACAGGGGGCCCCAGCACCCAGGAGGUCCCAGCAAGCCAGGAGGUCCCAGCAAGCCAGCAGACAGGGGGCCCCAGCAGCCAGGAGGUCCCAGCAAGCCAGGAGGUCCCAGCAAGCCAGGAGGUCCCAACAAGACAGCAGACAGGGGGUCCCAGCAGCCAGGGGGGUCCCAGCAGCCAGGAGGUCCCAGCAGCCAGGGGGGUCCCAGCAGCUAG